AUGUCAACUGAAGGAUAUUCACCUGCCGAUGUAAUGCCUCUCGAGGGUUCGAGCCUUUUCUCCAACCUUCCCACUGAAUUAAAAUGCCGAGUUGUCGAUUUACUUGCCGCAAAAGACGUCAUCAAUCUCCGUCUGACAUCAAGAGCUUGGGGUGGAGUAUCUGUCAAUGGUCUUUUCAAUGUUCGGACUGGAAAUCAUAUCGAACAUGGUGUAUUUUCCAUUCGACCACAUAUUGACGACAUGACUCGAUUACGAUCUGUUGCUGGCUCGCCAUGGCUAGCGAGAGUCAUCAAACAUGUGAAGAUAUAUGUUGGAGAUCUUGAUAUGUUAGAAUUUGAUCAUGAAGUUCAGACUGUCAACAGAUAUACCAAAAUCGAGAGUAUGUUGACUUGCGAGAGGAAGGUUAAUACCUUGUUGGAGCAGAUUGUCCAGAAUAGGAUGAAACAUUGUGAUCCGGUCAUGCUGUCUCAUUCCCUUUCGAAACUAUCAUCGGUUAAAUCCGUUACAGCCACCGCGAAUGAAUGCCCAUUUUCGCCUUCGGAAAUCAACUUCACAUUAGCAUGGAUGCGACUCAUGCGAAGAUGGAAUCGUGAGCCAGACGCACUUUACGACUCCUACGAUACUACAUUUCCUACAAGAUCAAGUAUCAGACAUCUCAGUAUACUACUUGCAACGCGGUUGCUUCAAAAUCCUGUUCGCAAUUUAGUACUGGAUACUUUCCCAAUCGAUCUUUUCGCUAGUCGAGGCUUCCACGACGACGACGACCAAACCGGAACAUCAUAUGAAAUUCACACUGAUUUCCUCCAUGAUAUGCAAGACAUGACGUCAAAAGUCGAGAACCUCCGAAUUGGUAUCAAUCCUGUUAGCAGUAACGCAACAACUCACGAGCACACCGGAGUAAUCGCUAAAUCUAUAAGUAUGUUCAUGGGAUCCAUGCAAUCCCUUCGAUCUAUAGAUAUUACUUUAAACAUGUCCUCUCGAUUUCCGAGUGAUUCAAUGGAAUUAACAACCCAGGAUGGAUUCUAUUCCAAUACAUUCCCCCAUCUCGAGCACUUUCGUAUUUCCAAGGUAAGAUCUUUCGAUACUCCUUUCUACUCAUUCAUAUUUCGUCAUAAAGCGACUUUGAAAUCGUUAUCCUUAGGACAUGAUUUCUUCCUCGUUCCUCAAGAUAGGCCCAGAGGAUGUGUAUCUGUCAAAUCUAUUCUUUUCAAAUUGCGCAAUGGUAUGAAGUUGGAGAGAUUCCAAUUAUUGAUCAGGGCCAGUGAUCAACAUAUCUAUGAUCAGGAUUGGCAGAUCGUCAACUCUCCCAAUAAUAAAUUAUCGGAUGCAAAAUUGUUCGAAAUGUUCGUGCUGGGAAAAUGGUCGUGGCCGAUGAUAAAUGUGGAUUAUCCGCAUUGGAGACGAUUGGAUGAGUGGAAAGGAUGGGUUAGAAGAGAUGGGUGGGACAAGCUAACGUCGAAGUCAAAGAGGGAUAUUAAGGAGUUGGAUUGGCAGGAUGGAAACGUAUAA